CUGCUAGAAAUGGCAGCUAAGCAGUACAUUGUGGCAUGUAAACGAAGGCUGAUGUGUUCGAAAGAUGUCCACAACUUACCAAUGUCACCAACCGCAGGGGCCAAAGUUACACCAUCGCAAUGGUUUACGUGUGAAAUUCAACAAAUGAUGCAUGGUUUUGGCGAUUGUCGUAAGCCACUGCACGAGUCUGCUGCACUCCUCCAGGAGAUUGUUCACUCACAGAUGGUCUUUCUUCUUUACCAAGCUUCAGAAAUGGCAGCAAAGAGAAAUGGUCGAUUCAUCAGUCUUGAAGACUUUUUAUUUCUUUUGAGAAAAGAUAAGCUGACCACACUAACGAGCCAAUCGGAAAACUUCAUUCAUAUUCCUUCACCAUUUCUCGUUCUUGAGAAACAAGGUCAGCCUCCACAGAAAAAAAGACAUAAGAUGUGUUAUGACUUCAUCUCUUCUUUUGAUCAAACAGGUGAACUCCUGAUGCUGUUCGAUGAUGAUUCAAUGGACGAAGUGAAACAAGACAGGCUUGUGAGAGCUGAGUUACUGUCUCGUCACAUGGACCCACAGCAAUAUCGAGAGUUCUGUGAAUCACGCCAAGUCAACUUCUCCCGUAAAUAUAAGUCGCAGCGUUUUAAAGACUGGCUCAUGUCUGGCGUGUGUGUUGAACCUAAGCCUAAUCCUUUAGCUCUUGAGAUGUUCAGUUACCUGGCUUACGAGACAAUUGCACAGUUGAUAGACCUGGCAUUAAUUGUCCAGAGAGAAGCAAUGGGCAGUGCGGCCGACCCCAUGGUUAAACACAUCGGCAGCUCUGCUCACCCGUUAGUAAAAAACAUACCCAGCACAUGUAAUUUCUAUGAGCCCUUCCAGGAGAACAUCAUCAACAAUACUGGGUCUGGUUGUCAGCCUUCAGGACAGACGGGAACAAAAGGGGCU